AUGGCAUUCCUCAGAUUGUUGGAUGCAACCCAGUUUGAAAGACCUUUGGCACACAGUGAGAGGAUUCCCAGACAACUGGGAGGAUUUCAACACAUUGCCCAAACUGACCAAUCUGGGUGCCCUUUAGCCACUUUUGCAGGAGAAGGCUGCUCUAAGGACGGGGAGGAAUCUGCAAAGCAGAACCACAGAAAGGAAGAUGAUAGUUUGCUCACAGAGGAAGGAGAGUUGCUCCUUGUUGCUUUUCCAAGGAGCUCUGACUUAGAGCUUUGCUUAAACCUUUAUCAAAUUAAUUUGGAAGUUUAUGUUUUGCCCUUGUGUAGGUUUAUCAAUGCUAGAAGGCGAAUUCUCCAGCCAAUGUUGGAUUCUAGCUGUUCUGAAACACCAAAAACAAAGAAAAAAACAGCCCAAAACCGACCAGUUCAGAGGUUCUGGCCAGACUCCAUUGCAUCAGGAGUAGCUCAGCAUCAAACUAAUGAACUUACUAUGUCAGACGGAGCUGUUGUAACAAUUACAGCUCCCGUCAACAUGAAUGUGGACAGUCUCCAAUCACUUUCAUCUGAUGGUACUACUUUGGCUGUUCAGCAAGUCAUGAUGGCAGGGCAAAGUGAGGAUGAAUCUGUAGACAGCACUGAAGAUGAUGGAACAGACCUCUCAACUACAAAUAUCAGUGGGCUGGUCUUGGAUAACAGUGAUUCUCUGCAAUAGGAAGCAAGAGGAGCUGACCUAAAAAUAUUAGGAAAGACAAUGAACUGACUGACUUUUUAUAGUUUGCACAGCAAACAUUUUACACAAGUUUUAUUUCUAAUAAGUUUUAUAUGUAGAUAUAGAAGAGUGCACUUUUUUGUAUUUCAUAGUAAGCUUAAAGAGUGUCUUUGCAGGUGCAGCAACUUCUUUCAAAUGUGUUGUUUUUUGC